GUCACUCCCUAAUGCCAACAACCUACAGAUUCCAGUUCUAUGACUCUGGUCUGAAGUAAGCAAGGAACAGCACAUUAGGAAGAACUGAACAUCAACCCUACAUAGUGUGUUUCUGUGAAGCAGAACUUUGUUUAAAGGUUUAUACUUACCUAGGUAUAAGUAUUUCUGCUUCCCGUUGGAGACAGUUAUUCAGCCUCUAUGGCCUUUCACGAUCUCCUGAAUCUGGUCGGAGGCAUGGGGAGAUUUCAAAUCCUUCAGAUGGCUUUCUUUCUGAUCUGCAAUAUGAUGGUGGCACCUCAUAUACUAUUGGAAAACUUCACUGCAGCGAUCCCUGGUCAUCGAUGUUGGAUCUCCAUCCUAGACAGUGGCAACGUCUCUGACAAUGACAGCAGGAUCCUGAGCCAAGAUGACCUCCUGAGAAUCUCCAUUCCCUUGGACUCCAACCUGAGGCCAGAGAAGUGUCGUCGCUUUGUUCAACCACAGUGGUAUCUCCUACAUUCUAAUGAUACCUUCUUUAAUGUGACAGAGCCAGAUACAGAGCCUUGUAAGGAUGGCUGGGUGUAUGACCAAAGCACUUUUCUCUCCACCAUUGUGACUGAGUGGGACCUGGUGUGUGGAUCUCAGGCAUUGAGAUCAGUCGCUAAAUUUGUGAUCUUAUUUGGCGUUUGGACAGGAAGUAUCCUAGGUGGCCACAUAUCAGACAGGUUUGGGAGGAAGUUAGUCUUCAGAUGUGCUUUACUCCUAAUGGCCAUCACUGGGACCUGUGCAGCUUGGGCUCCCACCUUCCUCAUCUACUGCUCACUUCGAUUCCUGAUAGGGAUUUGUGUUCUAGUAAUAACCUCAAAUAGUCUUUUUCUCAUGAUAGAAUGGACAAGCCCUAAAUUCCAAGCCUUGGUGACAACACUGUGGGGAUGUGCUAAUGCUUUUGGAAACACAACAAUGGCAGGCCUGGCAUUUGCAUUUCGAAACUGGCAGCACCUCCAGCUGGUAAUGUCUGUGCCACUAUUUUUCUUCCUUAUACCUACAAGGUGGGUGUCAGAGUCAGCUCGGUGGCUUAUUGUGACUAACAAACCCCAAAAGGCCUUAAAGGAACUUCGAAAAGUUGCAUGCAAGAAUGGAAUGAAGAAUUCUGAAGACAUCCUUACCAUGGAGGCCUCCACAAGAUGGAGGACCACUGGCUGGAGGAUCCCUCUGCUGGCUGUGCCUCAGGUUGUGAGAACCACCAUGAAGAAAGAAUUAGAGGUUGCACAAAACAAACCUUCUCUGUGUGACUUGUUCUGCACACCCAACUUGAGAUGGCGUGUGUUUCUGCUGUCCCUUUUGAGAUUCAUAUCAAUGAUACCUCUUGUUGGUUUCAAUGUCCACCUCCACCACCUGACAAGUAAUACCUUCCUAAUCGUAUGUAUCAAAGGUGCAGUGUCAAUCCCAGCCAGUGUUGUUGGACUAUUUUUCCUGAAUCACUUUGGCCGAAGAAUAAGUCAAUUAGUUAUUUGUUUCCUGCUUGGAAUCUUCAUUCUGGGCACAGUGUAUGUGCCUCAAGAAAUGCAAACCCUGAAAUCCAUUUUGAUAACACUGGUGGCAGCAACUUCAACUGUGGCUAUGAGCAGUUUUCAUCUGCAUUCAAAUGAGCUUCUUCCCACUGUGAUCAGGGCAACAGCAAUGGGAUUCAUUGGAACUGCUGCUAACUUGGGGGCGUCCCUGGCUCCUCUUUUUAUGAUGCUCACAAUAUACUAUGCCUCAUUGCCCUGGAUCAUCUAUGGAGUCCUCUCCAUUCUCUCUGGCCUUCUUCCCCAUGUUCUUCCUGAGACCAAGAAUCAGCCUCUGCCUGACUCCAUCCAAGAUGUGGAAAAUGAGUGUAAAAGGUCAAGACAAGCAAGACAGGAAGAUGCCAUCAUCAAAGUGACACGGUUUUAAUGGAACUCCAGGAAUUGGCCUCUGAUCAAACCACAAAAUAAAGAAAAUGUCACUUAGA